UCAUAAGGUUAAAUAUAAGGUUGGGAAUACUUGGUAAUAAAUUUAAGUGUAAUAUAAGAUGCGCUUGUCAGCAAUACUUUUGGUUUUAAUUUUUGCGUGGAAUUCCGUUGACGCAAUUUCUCCUCCUGCACCACCUAGUGAAGCAGAUGAUGAUGAAGAAAAAGCUUCGACUGCUCUUUUAGAUUGUCUUGUGCACCAGAUUUGCAAUUGCGAUAAUGUGGAGCAAUUUGAUGAGUGUUUUCUUAGCAUGAUGGAAAAGACUCAAAAUUGGAUGAUUGACGAAAUAAACAAGUGUGGCAUGAGCCAAACUCUACCUUAUGGGAGUAUUGAAUCAUGGAGCGAAAUCAUAUGCAGUAUACCAAUGGAUGAAUUGGGGCCUUGUUACCAAAAAAUUAACAUCUUAAUGAUGGAACGAGUGAAAGAAAUCGGUGGCGAUCCUGAUGCCGAAGAGGAGAGCACUGCUUUCGAAGGAUGUCGAAAAUGCAUGGAGCCUAACAUGAGUUACUGUACUAUGUUUCCCGAUUCAUGCAUGCCAGUGGGAAAAUGACGUUCCGAGAAAACUUGAAGACAACACUAAAGAUAUCAAGCAAGAAUAAAUCUCUUAAAAACCUCUACUCAAACUUUAACGUCACGGAAUUGUCAUGCUUUUUCAUUUAAGCAGAAUAAAUAUUUUGUAUCAGUG